CGCCCAGCGCGCUCAGCCUGGCCCCGGGGCACAGCAGGGAGCCGGUGCCCGAGGGGCGAAGGGACCUUCCCACCCCCAGCCUGGCACCCAGUCCUGGACUUCGCCUGACACCCCCCUCCCCCGACAGUAGGAGGUAGCCCAUGACUCCUCCGUGGGGCUGAGAAGUCCCCUCCCCCCACGGCCCCCCCAUGCUGCCCCGCUCGCUGCGUCAUCUGCUGGAGGGGGCCCGGCUGGAGCUGGGGGAGGAGCAGGGGGUCACUCUGAGCGGGUACCGGAGCUGGUCCCCCGACCCCCCGCAGCCACAGCCCCCAGUGACCCUGACGGAGGAGGCCGAGGAGGGAGUGAUCUACACAGUGACCACGCGCCAGUCCGGGGGCGCCCAGCCAGGGGCCCCGGGGGGGGCGGGGAGCCAGGCCCGCUCACUGAAGGCCGGGUCGCUGGUCCGGCUGGUUUGGCACCUGCUGGAGGCCCAGACGCUGGGUGACGCCACCUACGUCCCUGCCUUCCUGGUCACCUACCGGGUGUACACCCGCCCCCCCACGGUGCUGGGGUUGCUGCUUGACAGGCUGGAGGAGGUCGGGGCUCUGGAGCUGAGGCCUGUCUCCCCGGAGACAGCUGAACUGCAGCGGGCCUUCUCCUCGGUGAUGUGCUCCUGGCUGGACGGGUAUCCCGAGGAUUUUGGGGGCCUUGACCAGGGCCUGGUGGAGCGACUGGGCCGGAGCCUGCAAUGUGCCCUGGGGCAGGGCUCCGAGGCCGAGAGACGCCUGCUCGCCCUGCGGGGGGUGCUGGGGGGGCCCAGCAAUGGAGGGGAGCUGGAGGAAGAGGAAUGGGGGGCAGGGGAAGAUGGCCCCGAGGGGGGUGUGACCCCCAGGGGGGACCCUGACCCCCUCGACAUCCUGAUUUUCCAAGCUGACCAUGUGGCUGCUCAGCUGACGCUGGUGGAGGCGGCACUGUUCCUGCGGGUCGUGCCCUACCAGUGCCUGGGCUCGCUCUGGUCUCAGCGUGACAAGAAGGGGCGGGAGCGGGACUGCCCCAGCGUCCGUGCCACGGUGCGCCAAUUCAACCGUCUGGCGGGGGCCGUGAUCCGCUCCUGCCUGGCGGGGCCGGGGCUGCGCCCCCAGCAGCGGGCCCGGAUCCUGGAGAAAUGGAUCCACGUGGCGGAGGAGUGCCGCGCCCUGAGGAACUUCUCAUCUCUCUGCGCCAUCAUCUCCGCCCUGCAGUCCAGCCCCGUGCACCGGCUCAAGCGGACCUGGGACGAGACCGCCAGGGACGCGCUGCGCAGCUACGAGGAGCUCAGCACCAUCUGUUCCGAACAGGAUAACUACAGCCUGAGCCGGCAGCUGCUGUUCCAGGACGACACCUCCAAACCGUCUGGCGCCGACCCUGCCCCACGCCGGCAGCCGCGGAGACCCCAGGAGCAGCGCCCAGUGGGCGUGGUUCCUUACCUCGGCACCUUCCUGCGAGACCUGGUGAUGCUGGACACAGCCAUGAAGGAUGAGCUGGAGAACGGAUACAUCAACUUCGAGAAGAGGCGCAAGGAGUUUGAGGUUCUGGCCCAGCUGCGUCUCCUGCAGUCCGUGUGCCGCAACUACAGUGUCCAGCCCAGCCCCCCCUUCCAGCGUUGGCUGCGGGCGCUGCCCCCCCUCUCUGAGGCACAGAGUCACAGUCUCUCCUGUGAGAUCGAACCCCCUGGGGAGGCCCCAACCCCCCAGCGGCCCCUGAAGCCCACCCUGGUCAUCACCCACUGCACAGAGCUGCUGAGCUCCGUGGGGAACCCCCUGGUCUCCUGGGAGGGGCCCCCCGGCUGCAGCCCCGACCUGCUGCCGCCCCCCCGUGGCCCCACACAGCUGCUGUCUCGCCUGGCACAGCACAUGAAGUGGCCGUCAGUCUCCGCGCUGGACACAGCUCCUGAGGACGUGGCUUCCUUGGCCGGGGGCCUCUCGCCCCCCACCCCCACCGGGGGGGGCUUUCCCCGGGGGCACCGGCGCUCGGCUUCAUGCGGCUCGGCCUUCCCUGCCCCUCCCACCCUGGAGCCCGGGGCCCCCCCCUCCGACUGCUGCAUCAUCCGCGCCCGCAUGGCCCUGCACAACGGCAGCCUCUACAAGAGCAUCCUGGUGACCAGCCAGGACAAGACCCCGUCUGUCAUCGCCAAGGUGCUGGAGAAGCACGGACAGGAGCGGGGGGCUGCCCCCCAAUUCCAGCUGGUCCAGCUGCUGCCUGAUAGGAAAGAGCUGACCUUCCCGCCUACAGCCAACGUCUUCUACGCCAUGAAUGGCUCCAGCUUGGACUUUGUGCUGCGGCCCAAGGGCCCCGGGGAGCCUCCCCUGCCCCCCAGCACCGCCCCCCGCAGGGCUGAGCUCAGCGCCACCUUCCCCAAAAUCAAGGCCACUGGCCGCAAGCUCGCCAGGGCCCUCUUCUGAGGGCGAACCCCAAAACCGCCCUGGGGCUUCCUGGGCCUGGAGGAAAGGCAGUGACCUGCGCCUAGGCUAUGGGGAAGGGAAUUGGAGCCACACCGUGCCUAGGGCUGUCUGCUUGGCCUGCCCCCAUCUCUCCUGGCAUCAGGGUCUGGUCUGCCCCAGCACUGUCCAGGGGGCAGCCUGCCCAGCCAGCAGCCUCAGGGCCAUGACCUAAGUGCCUUGAAAGGGUGAUGUCCUGGCUUCGGGGGGAGGGGCUGUCAGGACCUACUUCCUGUCCACCCAGGAGCUACAGCUGGGGGUAGGCUGCCCCCAUGGGGGGCAGGGCAGUGACCCCCACUCUCCUACAGCAUGGUCUCACCCCUGCCAGAAGGACUCUAGGGAAGGCCAGGGGGGUAACUCCCCACUAGACACGGGUGGGACGUGGGGUGCCCCCACUGGUGCUGAGACGGCAGCUUCUCAGGGAUUUGUCCCACCUGGAGGUGGGGGGAAGCACUGUGUGAUCCAAGCCCUGGAGGGGCAGCUGAUCCCACCCCCAAUCACUGUAUUGGGGCUUGUGGCCCCAGCCCUCGUUGCUGUAACACUAACGCAAUAAAGACACUAGAAGCA